AUGCCCACCACAAACCCCCGCUAUCCAAACCUCCAAGAAGAAACCCUAAACCAACGCCAACAGUUCCAAUCCCAGCCCAGCCAGGGCAAAAGCCAGGGCCAGGGUAUCGCCCAGAGCGGACACCAACACCCACACCCACAGGAGGACUUCGAGCAGACAAUGGACCAGCAGGGGAACCUCGUCUCGGACGAGUACUCGUUUACAGAUGGGGGGAAGAAGAAGGGACACUCGGGGCAGGAUGACGAGGCGGAUCUUUUUGAUGCGGCGCAGGCGGACUUUGAUGAUCUUUGA